AUGUCUCAGCCGAUGAUUAUACUUUACGAUGUACCAUCCAAUAUUCCGCAACCUUGGGCCCCCAAUAUCUGGCGGGUACGCUUGAUACUCAAUUUUAAACGACUCCCCUACCAUACUACUUGGGUGGAAUUUCCAGACGUCGAGGAAACCCUCCAUAGCAUUGGGGCCCCACCAACGUCCGUCAAAAACGAUGGCCGGCCUGUCUUCUCUCUCCCAGUCAUUGUGGAUCCCAUCCGGUCGUCGCAGGCUCCUAUAGUACUUUCAAAUGCAAAUCACAUUGCAGAGUAUCUGGAGAUCACAUACCCAGCGCGUCAAGUAUUUCCAGAGGGAUCUCGUGCACUGCAGGCGUUGUUUGUGCACUAUAUCCAAGAAAUAUUCGCGAAGCCACUGCUCCCUAUCAUGGUACCUCUUAGUCACCAACGUUUGCCCGAGCGCAGCCAGAGUCAUUUUCUCAGCGGGACGACGCCAAGUUAUCUUUCCGUCUCUCCGGAGAGAGAGCAGGCUUGGAGGGCAGUUCAAGAGCAGUUUGAUUUUCUGGCCAAUAUUCUUGACAAGAAUUCGGGCACUGACGGUGACGGGGUAGUUGCUAUGGGCCAUGAACUCACCUAUGCUGACUUCGCUAUCGUUUCUGUACUCAUUUGGAUAGAGAAAGUGGCACCGCAUGAUGGCUGGGUGAGGAUUCGGCAGUGGAACGGAGGGCGGUGGGGUAAACUAUGGGAAAGGUGCAAGGGCUGUAUGGAUGUAUUUUAA